UCAUUCAACACAUUAGUCUGCCUAAAAACGAGUCUCAACUAAAUCCUUCAGUGUAUAUUGCGACAGAGUACUUUAUUGAUCAAGAAAAAUAUUUCUACUUAAUCAUGUUGCAUGUACUAGCAGCUAUUUACAUAGGGGCUGCCUCAAUGAUGGCGACAGGAACUAUAUUCAUUGCAUAUUUUCAACAUAUCUGCGGAAUGUUUGGUAUCGCCAGUUACCGAAUCGAACAGGCAAUCAAUAUUUUACAAAAAGAUAUCCUAAAGAGUGAGAACAUGGUUUAUAAGGAGAUUACUUAUGCCGUAGAUAUUCAUCGCAAAGCUAUGGAGCUCACGGACUUUUUAAUAUCAAAUUUUGAGAGAUCAUUCUUCUUCUUGAUAGUAAUCGGCGUGACUUGUGCUAGCAUUAAUCUUUUUCAGCUUGCGUCAUACAGUGAUGGAAUUGAAAAACUUGUUGUACCUAUUUUAAAGCUAACCUUCUUGUACGUGUUCUUGUUCUUAGCCAACUAUGUAGCGCAAGAAGCUACGAUUCACAACGAAUGUGUAUUUGCCACAGUAUACAACGUUCAGUGGUACACGGCUCCGUUACAUAUACAGAAAAUAAUAUUGUUUCUACUGCAAAGAGGCACUAAACCUUUUCAUAUAAAUCUCGGUGGAAUAUUUGUGGCGUCUUUAGAAAGUGCGGCUACGUGGCUGCGGGUAGCCAUACCAUUGUGGGAUCUCUUCAUCGGUUACGAGAUCAUUCCCCCAGAGAAGAACGAAAUCCAGGAUCGGGAUCGUUCACCAGGUGGACGAAGGAUAAAACUAACAGAAAUUCCUCAUCCGGAUGAGGAACUUCACAUUACAAAACCAAUACACGAAUCGAAGCCGAUCCGUCCGCGCAAAAGAGUCACGACCCACCACCAAUAG